GAAAGCCGUGGUCGGGCGUCCUCCUCCCCUCCCCUCCUCUCCCUCCUCCGCCUCCGCCUCCGCUUCCUCUUCCUCCUCCUCCUCCUCGCCUCCUCCGCCUCUUUCCCGGCCGGCCGCCGUUUCUUCCCAAUCCCAAGUGGCGCCGGUCCCGGUCCCAGUCCCAGCAGGCGCCAGCGCGCAACGCGACGCUGGCAGUGGGUACGCCUGCGCGAGCGCGACCAUUUCCGCGCCGUCGCCGCCCGUCUCCCACCUAACCUAACGCGCCCCCACCCAAUCGAUCGCCUAUCCGCCUCGCCUCCUCAGGCGGGGGAGGGGUCGGUCAAAGGAAACGGGGAGGGAGGGAUUCCGUUCCUCCCAGCCACCGAGGAGCGGGGGGGAGGGGGGCAUCUGCGCUCCUCCGGUCCGGUCCUCUUCGCCGCCCAUGGCCGCGCCGGCCUCGUCGCCGGUCGAGUUCCUGCUCCGCCGCCCGCAACCGCGCCAGCGGAGGAGGCCGCCUCUGGCCGGCGCGUUCUUCGCGCCCACGGGGCUUUCCGGCGCGCCGCUGCUCCGCGCGCUGGCGUCGCUCGCGGCGGACGUGCUGGCGACCCCGCCCCCGCCGUCGCAGCGACGGAACCUCGACGCGCUCAUGCGGAGGCUCGCGCUGCUCUCCGCGCUCCUCGACUCGCUCCUGCUCCUCCUCGCCGACGAAGGGGAGGCCGCCUUCUCCGACGCCGCCAACCUCUGCUUCCGCGAGCUCUACGUCGUGCUCUUCCGCGCCGACCUGCUCGUCUCCUACGUCGCCUCCGCCGGCCGCACGUGGGCGCUGCUACGGGCGCCCCAGCUCGCCGCCUCGUUCCGGGACCUCGACGCCGAGCUCGCCGUCGUCCUCGACGUCCUCCCCGCCGCCUCGCUCCGCCUCUCGUGGGACGCCGCCCAGUACCUCGACUUGCUCCGCGCGCGCUGCCGGCGGCGGGCGCCGGCCCACUACAACGACCCCGCGGAGGCCGCUCUCGGAGACCGCCUCCUCGCCGCCCUGCGCCACUUCGAGCUCGGCCAGCCGCCGGACCCCUCCACACUCCGAUCCCUCCUCCUCCAAAUCGGCAUCUCCGACGCCCCUUCCUGCCGCUCUGAAAUCGAAUACCUGGAGGAGCAAAUCCUGAGCCAAGAGGAGGACGCCGACCUCCCCCUCAUCGGCGGCGUCGUCGCCUUGCUCCGGUACUGCCUCUUCUCCCUUUUCGACCCCAGCAACACAAAGGCGUUGCGUGUUUGGCUGUCGGCAGGGAACAGGCAGCGGCUGCUCUCCUGGAGCUGCAGCGACGACAGCUCCUUCUCGGUGCCCAAGGAGUUCUCCUGCCCGAUUUCUUUGGAUUUGAUGCGCGAUCCCGUGGUGGUCUCCACCGGACAGACCUAUGACCGGCCGUCGAUCAUACAGUGGAUCGACGAGGGGCAUUCCACCUGCCCCAACUCCGGCCAGGCCCUCUCUGACAACCGGCUUGUGCCAAACCAGGCGCUCCGCAGCUUGAUUUCACAGUGGUGCGGGGUGCAUGGCUUUCAGUUUGAUUCGCCGGAGAGCAAUGAGGGGAUGAUUGAAUGUGUUGCUGCAUCGUGCAGCAGCAAGGCAGCAAUUGAGGCGAACAAAGCCACAGCAAGGAUUUUGGUCAAGACACUGAUGGAGGGAUCUGAUAAUGCAAAGCCAGUUGCAGCUAGGGAAAUCCGGUUGCUGGCUAAGACUGGGAAGCAAAACCGGGCGUUCAUUGCUGAGUUGGGUGCGAUACCAUUGCUAUGCAGGUUGCUGCUGUCAUCGGAUUGGAUGGCACAGGAGAAUGCAGUGACUGCACUGCUCAAUCUAUCAAUCUAUGAGCCGAACAAGACAAGGAUUAUGGAACAAGACAAUUGCCUGCAUCUUAUCGUCAGUGUGUUGAAGAAUGGUUGGACGACAGAGGCCAAGGAGAAUGCUGCAGCUACGCUCUUCAGUUUAUCUGUGGUCCAUGACUACAAGAAAAAGAUCAUGAAUGAGCCAGGGGCUGUGGAGGAGCUUGCCUCUAUGCUGACCAAAGGGACACCAAGGGGAAAGAAAGACGCAGUGAUGGCAUUGUUCAACCUCUCAACACAUCCAGAAAGCUCCGGUCGGAUGCUUGAGUCUUCUGCAGUUGUAGCUUUGAUUGAAUCACUGAGGAAUGACACUGUGUCGGAGGAAGCUGCUGGUGCUCUGGCUCUGCUGAUGAAGCAGGCUACCAUCGUGCAUCUUGUUGGGAGCUCUGAAACGGUGAUCACUAGCCUUGUUGGGUUAAUGAGGCGUGGAACUCCAAAGGGCAAGGAGAAUGCAGUGUCAGCUUUAUAUGAGAUAUGCCGGAGAGGUGGAUCAACAUUGGUACAGCGUGUGGCAAGGAUACCUGGGUUGAACACAGUAAUACAGAACAUCACGCUCACAGGAACAAAGCGUGCCAAGAAGAAGGCAAGCUUGAUUGUCAAGAUGUGCCAGAGAAGCCAAAUGCCAUCGGCUUUGGCACUAGGAAGUACAAUGACAGUGGUUGAUCAUUCAUUGGUAGGGAACAGCACAUUGAGGCGCGCUGCAAGCUUUGGCAGCGGGGAGUUGUCAAACCCUGUGUCAAUUUCAGUGCCUGUGCCCUAGGUGGAAAAAAAUCCAUUCCAGAGCCCACAUAAUUGUCACAUUUGGUGAGUUUUGUCCCUGAAAUUCUUUCAUUGCAUCCUCAAAUGAAGGUAUACAAAUUUAAUCCAAAGAAUCAAAUAUAUCAGAUGUGCUUGGGUGUAUGUGAUUGUGAAUAACUGUGCAGAUAUAGGUUUACAGGCAGAAUUCCAGCUUGAUGUUUCCUGGGCAAGCUUGGAAAUUAUUUAUUUUUUGUUCAGUUUCAAAAACACCGAAUAUGUAUGCAACUUGCUGUAAACCGUUCUCAUAAUUUAGUACUCGCUCUAUUUCAAAUCGUAAUGUUUUGGCUUUCCCGACAUAUA